AUGGCUCCAAAGAGAAAACAAGCACCGGAAAAGAGUACCACAAGCUCCAACACGAAAAAAGUCAAAAACCAAAUGAACGAUGAUGAAGAGAAACAAACAAGCAAGGAUCUCUCUUGGUUUGAAAAAUUAAAUCAUGAUGAGUUCUAUUCCAUGGUUCAAUUCAUGGAUGCCUCUUCAUUCCGAACACUCCCUCUCAUUAGUAAACACGUGCAAGGCAUGUUCGCUGAUUGUUUGAACCGAAUGGUGGAUUAUGGUGAGUUUGAGGAAUUGAUGCGGGCCAAGAGAGUUGAUCCAAGAAUUUCCAUGUAUUUGUUACAACUCGAUGAUCAUGGUGAGGCUUUGAACAAUAGUAAUUUUGUAAAAACGUACAAAAAGGGUCGCCAGAGUUUGAGUUUUGAAAUUUUCUUUAAAGCUUUAAAUCGAUAUCCUGGAGGUAAUAGUGACCAAUUUAUUCUGAAAUGGAAUUUAGUAUUUGAGGCAAACAAAAAACCAUCUCUCAAGAAGGGCUCUCUUUAUAAUUGGGAUGGAGAAAUUGGAGGACAUAAAAUGGGAGCCCUUAAAACCAUUCGUGGCUUCAACGAUUUCCUUAAAUCUGUGAUGGCCCUUUCAUUUGAACAGCCCAACCAAAAAGGAAAGUAUUAUUGUACUGUUACAGAUGAGCGUAGAGAUAGUGAAGAGUAUGACACGAAAUGGUCCCAAAUUCAAGUCAAGGCCCACUCUGGAAAUGAUCUUAUUCUUGAUUUUAUGCAACAGGCUAUUUAUCCCAAUGAUCGAGCUCGUUCCACUGCCCGGAAGGAGGAGGAGGUUACACCAAGCACAGCCAUGGCCAAAAUGCUACAGGAGUUGGCUGCUUUUUGUGGCGUCACCACACCAGAACAAGAGAGCGAAAAAAAAACAAUUUCACAGGAGAAUGGAGGAAGAGCAUUAAAGCUUGGAUCAGGAUACACACCAUUGCAGAGUUUUCUUUCCAAGUUGGAAUAG